UGGUUUCUUCAGUUUACUGAAAACAGCCUGGGGAAAAUAUCAUUUGUAUUCAAACACUGGAAGAAUGCAGGAGCUGAUAGCUGGUUUACAAAAGAUGAGAUUUGAUUUUGAGAUUGUCCUGGAGCAGCAGAGAGGAAUUCCGGAUGUGCCAUUUUCUGGCAUGGACAAAUCUGGUUCUGCAGUCUGUGAGUAUUUUAUUAAAGGUGAAUGUGUAAAAGAUAAUUUGUGCCCAUUACGCCACACCUAUGGUGCGAAGUCUGUCGUGUGCAAACACUGGCUCCGAGGUCUGUGCACUAUGGGGGAUCAGUGUGAGUUUUUGCACGAAUAUGACAUGACAAAAAUGCCACGCUGCUUCUUCUAUUCAAAUUACGGGGAAUGCAGUAAAAGAGAGUGCCCUUUCCUGCACAUUGAUUCAGAGGUGAAAAUUCACGACUGCCCAUUGUAUGGCCAAGGAUUCUGUAAAAAUGGCCCUCUGUGCAAGAAUAAACACACCAAGAAGGUCAUGUGUGUGAAUUACCUUGUCGGCUUCUGUCCUGAAGGAACAGGAUGUAAUUUUUCACACCCAAAUAAUAAAUUUACUGAAUCAAAGGAAACGGACACGUUCUCUCAGUAUCCUUUGAACCGGGAGACAAAAUUCAACCGAGGCUACAGGUCUCUGGACAAAGUCUUGUGCUUCAAGUGUUGGGAGAAGGGCCAUUACGCUAACAAGUGCAGCAACCGGAAUCUAGGCUACAGACAAUGACAACGAGAGCAAUUGUGAAUAGAAAUGUGGUCUAACACUCUCUUGGGAAUAGGACUUUUCUCUUUAUCCUGAAUUACAAGAUAAAAAAUGAUCUAUUGUGAUUGUAUUGUUUGCAUCUUUGAAUAAAAGCUAACAAG